AUGGUUGAGAUUAACUGUGUCCUCACAAGGCUGGAGAUCUUUGAGGAAGAUUUGAAUGUACCAUUGAAGCUGGCUGCCAAGCAGAGGCAAGCAGUGCAGCAGAAUCUGGAGAUGACGCCUGCACCUUUUGUGACUGGCUCAAUUAACCAGAUGAACGAGAAGCUUCAGCAUUUGAGCGGAACAAUCCAGGCGCACCCUGCUGCUCUGUUAGUUGAGACUCGGGUCAGAGACAGUGCAGUUCCACCCAGGAUGCAGCCAGAGAAAAUUAAGCAGGAUUUUCUUGAGGUUCAAGAAGAGAAAAGGCCAAAGAGCAAGCAUUCAGAUGUGAAGCCAAAAUUGCUGGAGCUUCAACAUUACCCUGGGUUCAAUGCAUUACAGCCCACCCCUCUGCCCAAUGACACUUCACUGGACCAGAUCUUGAACAAUGUGCUAAAGGCUCGUGGUCAGUCGAAGAAACAGACUGGCUACAUUGCUGAGUUCAAGCAGUUGCUCAGCUCCACACUGGUGCAGGACAUCCUCCUGGACAGCUUCUGGUGGUUUUUUCUGCACAUGAAGCAGACCCACGGUUCUGUGCAGUGCCAGCUGUUUGAUCGGAUAUCCAAGAAUUAUGUGCAGUUGAUCAUGAAAAGUUGGAGCUGGGCGUUUGGUGAUCGUUUUCUUCAGGAGUUUUCCAGCAGCCUCAGUCAAGCCGUCUACACCAGUUUCUGCUGCAGUUUCCCCCAGUCCUGGAUUCAGUUCCACAACAAUGAUUUCAAAGCUAAAGUGUGCGACAUUGUGUACCGUUGGUUUGGAGGGAUUCGCCCAGCUCCAAAAACAUAUAAAAACUGGAACUGUGAUGCUUUACUGUCGCAGGAAGUUAAAGACACGAUGUCACACACAGCACAGGACAGAGACCAAAAUAAGAGAGGAAUGAACGAAUCCCCCUUUAACUUAAAUCAAUCCCCCAGACUGAGCCCACGCACAGCAACCUCAAGAUCCAGGAGAUCCUCGUUGAUGUCAGGAAGCAGCAGGCAUCCUACAGAAAGGAAACAAAGCACCUUGUCAAGACUGCCGCUCGGUUCAUUGUCCAAACCGAGGAGGAGUUCAGGGAGCCAAGAGGAAUCCACUUCAGAUUUGCUGGAAGCCGAGACCUGCCAAAACGACGAAGAGCCAGCCGGGUCCACUGACACCGUGCAAUCGGCAAGCAGUGUGACUGUGAAGAGUUCUGGAUUCAGCCACAUUCCCCUUCAGAUAGAGCCCCCUACAGCCAGACAAGGGCCUGACUUCAUAAGGAAUUUAUUUAAUUUGUUUGGCCUCAGUCCUCUCGUUCUGAACUUCCUUCAACAUCUGAAACUGGAGCCAAAAGCUGGAGAAAACAUCUUUUCGCUGCAGGGAACUUGUGCCCAGUGCGGCUGUGGUUUUCCUGCCCCGUGUUACGUGGCCGUGUUACGUGGCCAUCAGCAAUAUGAUGCUCCCACAUACCAUGAAGUGAUUGAAGCAGGAUAUCAGAACCUGCAGAAGCUGAAGGAGAUGAAGAAGAAACUGUUGCAGCAGCACAAAAAGUCAGUGAUGUAG